GCGGUAUCACAUCAUCAACCACGUGGCAUAUUGAAAUCGUGAAUAUUUUGCCGCCAAAAUUAUGCCUAUGCCCCACAAUGCAAUGCAAGUAGAAAUACGAGUAUCGCAAUAUGGCGACUGGACCGAGAGGGAAGUGAGUUGGAAAUCACAGUCACGAAACGACGGAACUUGGUUGUUGCAUUUAACUCGCGAGCCUACCUGCACUUUAAAGGAUAAACUGUACAUUUACAUGUCAUGUAAAGAGACUUGUGAAGGCAUACGAGAUAUUGUACACAUUACAUCACAAAUCUCUAAUAAGCAUGGUCUUGGAGAAUAGCAUGUGGGUGCGAACAUGAUGGAAUCCAUAAAGAUUAAGAGCAAUGCAAGGAAAUCCACCCACAGUGGGAAACCAAACAUAGCCAGUAAGGAGCAGUCAAGAAUACGACAAGCACUGAAGCCAGAGUUAAGGUCUAAUCAUAUCCCAGUGAAGGCAUCUCCAACAACAUGGAAGAGCUCUGGGUGGUCUCUCAGUGCAAGAGUGCUCCAGAAAACCAAUGAUGAGCUUCUCACUCCGAUGGUUAUCACCAAAGACAAGGAGAGAAUCCCAGAUGCAGCCUCAAACUGUGACAUCAACAGCAGAUCCGGGCAUUCAAGAAAUGUUGCAGGCAGUGAUAAGAAAAAUCCAGACCAGAGAAGCCUGUGGUCACUCUUCUCAGCUCCGAAAGUUAAAGAGAAUGUGGAUAGUGAUGAUCAAUGUCAAAUUGGUUCUGUCACCAAUGGUUGUCACAGAGAUGACAACAACAAAGUGCGUGGUGCUGAAAAAGUUUUGUCACAAGAUGGAAGGAUCACAAAGAGAGAGUCAUCUGAAGGAGACACAACCAAGAAGACCAGUCCACCUUCUUUCAAUCUCUUGUCCAAAAUGAAACCACUUAAACAUGCCUCAAGGAAUCUCUUUGCUCAACUAGCUAGAAGGCCUAGUGAUUCUUCUUGCCAGGACCUUUAUAGCGAAAACACCCAACAUGAUCCUAGUAAGGAAGCAACAAAGCAACCUAACAGUAGGAUAGGUCAUAGAACUGCAGACUUGCCAGGAAAUGAACCUCCAGAUAUCAGAAUCCAAAGGCCAGAGAGCAGACGGAAUCAUGAACAAAAUACAAACAUAAUUCGCCUGACAGAAAGAACAAGAACUAGAGAUAGAAUCGAAAACCCUGUGACAGUAAAACAUUCCAGUGUUGAAGAGAGUGAUAUCAGUAAAGCCGACAACAGAAGAGAGAGUGCACAUUUUAAUGAUAGUGAGCUGGUCUCUCUGAUACCGAAUCAAGAUAAGGACUGUUCAUUAGUAGAGAAGGAUGCAUAUGAUACAUCUAGUCCCACCAAGGAUAAGGAUGGAUCAAGUGAGGACUUGCCUAUGCCCACUCUUACCUUACCUCCAGAAAUUGAACACAGGAAUACUACAAGUAAUGUGUCAAGUGAACAUGAUGAAAGUGAUUGUUUAUUUAUUGAUGAGCAAGUGCAACCUAAUUCACCACAAAAUGAGAGGGGUAGUGGGGUAGGACAUGAAGAGGAGAGUCAUGUCCUACGUGUUUGGAGUUUACAAUCAGACGUAGAAACAAGUAGUGACUUUCAUAAUGUUGACCUAAGCAGUUCAUUCAGUGAUAGCUGUUCAACUGGUAUGGAAGAUAGUUUACUGUCAACAAGUGCUUCUCUGAACAGUUCAGCUCUGUCUUUUAUCGAGAAUGGUGCAAGAUCUGUAGAGGGAUUUCAUGAAAGGGAAAAUUCUAAUGAUUUAUCAAAAAGUGCAAGUGAGAAAACCUUAGAGGCAACCAGAGACACUCACAAAAAUAAGAAUCAUAUUUCCAGAAGAGAGGGUUUUGAGGAGGGCCCUCCAAAGUUACAAGCUCAACCCAACACACAUCACCUUCUGCAGGAAUUGGAUAGCUUGUUAGAAUGCAGUGCUUUUCAUGGUGAAUCAUGUUCAAAUGUGCUGGUGGAAUCAACUGAGGAUUUAAACAAAGAACAUGAAACAAGUGGUGAUUUAAACUUACAGAGUGAGAAAAGUGAACAAUCAAACAUACAACUUGAAGUAACUAACAAUUCCAAUGUGCAAGCUGAAGGAGAAGAGCCAUCAAAUGUGUUGAUUGAAGAAAAUAAUGAAUUAAAUGUGCAAGCAGAAGAAAAGGAGCUGACAAAUGCACAAGUUGAAGGAAAAGAUCCAUCAAACUUGCAGAUUGAAAAAAGUGAACUGACAAAUGUACCAGCUGAAGAAAGAGAUUCAUCUAAUGUACAACUUGAAAGAAAUAGUGAUUCAAAUACACAUGGGCAAGCUUUCCAAAGAGAGCUGUCAAAUGUACAAGCUGAAGAGAAAGAAGCAUCAACCCUGCAGAAUGAAGCAAGCAACAAUUCAAAUGUGCAAGCUGAAGAAAAGGAGCCAUCAAACGUACACCUCGAAGCACUUGAAGAAGAAAGUAGUACUGAUUCCCUCAUUCAAAGUAAAGAAUCUGACCACGAAAAUGCAACUGAAUCUGCCAGGAAUAUAUUUAGUCUCUUUAGUAGUGCUAAGAGGCCUUUACCACCUACAAACAUUGUAAAGCUUCAAUUUGAUAGAAAUCCCUAUAGCACCUCUGUUCAUUCUGAUAUUUCUCAAAACUCCCCAGUGCAGUCUGACAGUUGUUCAAGUGAAAAGAAUCAGUCAAUACGCACCAAUCAUCCAGCAGAUGAUUCUGCCAGCACUGAAUCUAAUAACAAAGCAACUGAUGUGGGUCCUGUAAGUUUGAUGAGUAAUGUGUUGCUCAACUCACCAGUCAGUAAUUCUUGUGUUGAGAAAUCAAAUGAUCACAGUCCCCCUUCAUUGUCUAAUGAACAAUUACCUAGUCCUCUCAUGCUCACUUCAAUCACAGAACCUGAUACAGGAAAACAGCAAAAUGAUGAACACCAUGGGGUUAGUCAACCUCCAGAAUUCUGUCUAGAAGUGAAUCAAUCAUCAGUUGGUGGAAUGGAGUUAUCACUACCGUCUGCAAGCCUGCCUACUCCAGAGGAAGAUGUAGUGGAUGAUAUACCAUUUUUAUCAUUCAAAUCUAGGGAUGACCUUGUGUCAUAUUCCAAGGCAGUGAAAUUGAAAGUGCAGAAGAAGUCUACUCAAUCAAACAAAGUUCCUGCAAAGAAAUUUGUGUAUCCAGUUGUGAAAAAUGUUAAGAUGAAAAAGAGGAAGAAACUCAGCCCAAUUGAAGCAAAGAUCCAGGCACUAGAAAAGGAUUUAUUGUGGUCCAUGGAAUGCAAAGGUCUUACGGAAAUAGUCCACCCUGUUCUCAGCAGAAAAGGAGUUGCUCUGGAAAAAGUCAGGAAAAAUGACCUUGUGGUUGAAGUGAGAAAUGAAGAACUUGAUCGAACACACAAAAGAGUAAAGCAUAAGAAAAGACAUAGAUCAAAGUCAGAGUCGGAACAGGCAUCAAAUUUUAGAGGAAUAGGUAGUAAUUCCAAUUCCAUCAAGCUCUCAGGAUCAAGACACUCGCAAUAUAAUUCAAACCUGCAUGUACGGAAUAGUAAAGGAGACAAAUUCGAGACAGAGCAUAAAGAAAAGCCCUCUGAUAAAGUGAAGGUUGUUGGACUUAAGCAUGGACAUUUUCCUGGUCUCCAGAAAACAAUCAGCAAAGUCCAGAGUGCGGAGAGGUCACACAGAGAGGCACAGAUAAAAAGAAGUAAACCUAUGCAUCAGGAGUGGGCAAUUUGUCAAAAGGAAUUACCUGCAACAUCUGAGAAGCCAUCUUUGAAAUUAAAACUUGUUACCAAAGCCAAAGCAAACAGCACAUCACCUUCAAAGAUUGAACAGAGUCCUCUAGCCUUGUCCACUAAACCAAGAGAAAGCACAGUGCCUUUGAAGAGUCCUACUUCACACAUUCCAGUCAAUGUUCAGCAGCUACAUUUGCCAUCAUCCUUAGCUGCCGCAAAAAGUGAUGUUACUGCAGCUGUUGAUCCUAUAGAGGAACACACUCAGCCGGUUGGAGACAAGUCACCGCCCAGAUCAAGGCUUCCUGAAGAGGAAAGUCUCCCGUUCAAACCAUUUGAGAAACCUAAUGCUUCAAAGAAAUCUGCAUUUGUUAGUGAUGCUCUGGAAGAUCUCCUGCAAGGAGUUGACAAUAAGAUAAAGCCUCUCAUCUCCCCAUCUACAAUAUCUGUCAAUAGUGCCAAAGUAGUCUUCAAAGUACCAUGUAGGCAGAAUCAUUCUGUGAAAACAUUGGACAUGGCACUGAAGAGACAAAAACCAUUGUAUGUUGCUUCUGAAAAUUACACCAGCUUGACUCGCAAAGAUUCAAACCAUGAGCGGAAAGAUAAGAAGAAGAAGAAGAAAAAGAAGGAGGAGAAACACAAACAUAAAAGUAAGCAUGGAUCAAAAGAUGGAUUUGUGUUUGGAACUGGGCCAGAUGACCUAGUAAGAAAACUGCCCAAGCUUCCCUUUGAAAACUAUGGAAAAUCAUUUUCAAGACCAUUAUUUGAAAAGGAGUAUCAAGAUUCAAAUAUGGUUGGUGAGAAAUCUAAAGGGUUCCUUGAAGUCAGAAAUGUACUUUCUGUGUCUGGAAAGGUUGCUGUCAAACGGCAAUCUGAGGAAGAGAUGCCUAGCACUAAAAAGAUUAAACAGGAGCCAGAAGAAAGUGAUGAAAGUCAAAAUUCAGCAGAUGAAAUUCAACAGCCCAUCUUGGAGAUGAAUCCAUCAUGUAGUGCACAACAUGAACCUCUUCCACAUGAAAGUAACACUGAAUGCAAAGAACCAACAAGAGAAGAAACUCAAAUUCAGUCUGAGACAAAAAUUGUGAAAAAAUGUGGGGAAUACUGUCGACUUGGAUGCAUAUGUGAGUGUCUAAAUAAUUCCAAAACUGUGCAAGAAUUGAGUAAUCAUUGCCGCAAAGUGGAUUGCAUGCUCAAUUGCAUGUGCAAAAAAACCCAAUCAAUGUGUGUGACUGGUACAAGAACACGACGGCCUCCAUCAUUAUCUUGUGACAUGCUGUUUUAUGAUGAUUCCUACAAGUUUUGGAGGGUUGGUGAUACUGAAAGUGCAACAGUAGAAACAAAAAAGCUACAACUUCUAGAUCAUCUACCAGAGUUUGAGAAAAGAAACAUGAUGAGCACUUGUGCCAGGACUAGAUAUUUUGUCACUGAUAAGCCUGAAAAGUGGGUUAAAUGGAAGAGGAGGCAACUAGGAAUCACCAGCUCGACAAAGAAAAGAUCUUCUGACUUGGAUGAUGCUUCCCAAAUGGCUUUGAACAGUUCAAAUAUGGGUAACCAGAACCCACAUCAGAGGAUGCAGAUCUCUGAAGUGAAUCAGAAUGAAUCAAAACAGCUUAAUUCCAAGAGAACACUGCUGAAGGAAGUUGCAGACAAAGCCAAUAAAACCGUUGAAGCAAAGAGCAACGUGUCAUACAUCCCUGCUACUGAAACAACUUCUAAAGGGACAGCAACAUACUUACAAUUAUCUCAACAAUACUUGCUGAAUGGAAAGCUAAUGAACCUGGUGGCACUGCCAAAUGGAAAUCGAAUACUAUUACCAGCCACUUGUGUACCACUCAAAGUUUUGAAGGAAACCUCAACAUCUAGUGCUCCUCAGUCAAAGCUAACAAAUGCACAAGGUGGUACAUCAACAACCUCUGAUCAAUUACCUAUACCACAGGUGAAAGCCACAAUGCAAUUUAAAGAAAAACAUGUCCCAAAUAUUCUGAGCAAUUCGUCCACCAAGAUCACUUCUGGACAGCAGAAGCCUGUUUUGCCUGUACAGCUCCAUUGGACACCAUCUGGGAUAGUACUAAAAUCAGGGAUAGAGGAAAAAACUUCAAAUGUAGCAAAAGCAGUCCGAGAUGGGAAUUCAAAUGUUUCUCAAGCGUCAAUAUCAGAAAUUCACCCUGGAAUCUUCCGAAUAUCCAAUCUUCCAGAUCAAUCUCAAGGGCCUAAGGUUUCAGGCUCAUUUAAGAAGGCAGAGUCUAUUGUUCAUAUUAAUGCAGCCCAGCAAGCAGUACCAGCUAAGACUUGUUCAGUAAAUGCAAAAGAUAAAGCAAGGACCUAUGUUCCAUUGCAGAAUUCUUCCACAAAACAGGAUGCAGCUUGCAAUGUGGAUAAACAGGCCCCUCUUCACAAGAACUUAGCCCUAUCUUCACCCUCUGCAUCUGCAAGCAAUGAGAAAAAAGAAAUCUCCUCAACCAGCAAGCCAAUUGGGACAAUGUCAAAAGAAAGUCAGAUGUCGAUAAGCAAGACAUUCUUCAUGUUGGAUAAAUCAAUGUAUAUCAUGAUGAUGACUGACCCAGAGUUUGAAUGGACAGAUAAAAUUGAGCAUGAAGCAAAGCAAGGAAUCAACAAGAUUUUUAAAUCACAAGCACAAAAUAAUUGUGUUCUAUUGUCAGGGGACCUUGAGCUGAAACUCUUGAUAAAAGGACAUCAAUGGGCUCGUUUCCACCUGCGUAAACGUGAGUCUGGACGUCACAUUGGAGAUGUAAAUGAAAGCAAAAAUUCAUUGGUCAAGAGCACAGAUGGUCCAAACAAUGCUGAUGGAUGUGAUUCAAAGGCCAUUACAUCUGCUCAUUCAGUCUUGAAAAAUUCACACAAAACUGUUCUGGUCACAGCAAAGACAAGUGUAGGGGAUGCCCGAAAUGUGACAGAUGUCACUUCCAGUAUCGCUGAAACACUGCCUUCCAAGAGUAACAUAACACCCAAAGUCCAUGAAUCUAGCCCAAUUAUAUUGACUGGUCCAGAGUUGAAACAAAAAUGUGAAAAUGUUCCUGUCACAACAGAGACAAAUGAAAAGGAAGGCAAAAAGCUGAUAGAUGCCACUUCCAAUGUGUGUAAACUAAGGUCACCCCAAAGUAACUCAACACCUGAAACUGUUGGACCUAGCCCAGUGAGAUCAAUUCAUCCAGAUUUGGAAAAGCCACAUGAAAAAGUUCUGUCUACAGAGAAGAUGAAUAUCAAGGAAGCCCAAAAUGGAAAAGAUGCUAUUUCCAAACUCAGAGGAGUAAUGCCAGAAAAAAGUAAAAUUUCACCUGAAGGACAUGAAUCUAAUCCAGUAGAAGAAUCAGCUACUUCCAAUACACAAGGAAAAAUAUCUGCCAUGCCUGAUAGUACAGUAGAAAACUCUAUGAAGUUAUCUUCAUCACUACCAGAGUUUGAGAAGUUGUCCGAGAUUGUGAAAAGAACUUCUGUUGAUGGGGUUGACGAGAGCGUGAGUCCUGUCAAGAUAAAAAAUAAUGCUCCCGAUUGGUUGCAGGAUCCCAAGUUGCCGAGACCAUUGGAAUAUCAAAGUUACAAAGGAAUAAAGGGCCCUUGGUUCACUACUGAGAAAGAAGGUGUGAAGGUUGUUCUUCAAAGAAAGAAGGAUAAAAGGUCCCCAUGGAAUUCAUUGCCACAGAGAACUCUCAAACGACACUUGACAUCACCUUUACCAGAUGUUUCUGCAAAGAAAUCACCAAAGUGUGAAAAGGCAAGCUUUCCAAAUGACAAUGAGGAUUCAGACUCCUCAAGAGGUAAAGGUUUGAAUCAAGAAGCAACAUCUGAUGGUUUACAUUCUGUUGCAGAGGAGAAUAUCAAAGAAGGUGAAACAUCAAAGUCUGAGGAUAAGAAUUAUUUGUGUGAAACCACAGGUCUUCUGGAAAACAUCUGUCCAAGUAAUCAGGUUUCAUCAUGUACUAGUAUACAAGAUGAUCUGUGCAAAGAAACUUCAACGAAUGUUGACAAUAUUUUGGUGAAUGAGAAGAUAGUAUGUGACAGUCCAAGUAAAAAAGGAAGCAAAUUUGUUUCUUCUGGAUUGUCUGAGCCACCAAGGGCUAAAUCUGUACAAGACGCAAAUAGAAGUGAUGGAAUCGAUGUAGAAAGAAGGAUGAAUUCUGAGGAUGCUGAAGGGACACUUGAUAUUGAGCACUUUGCGAGGUUUAGUGAAGAGGAUACUUCUGGACCUGUGGAAAUUGAUGAGAUAGUCUCGGCUCCCUACAAGUUACCUGCAGAUGAUGAUGAUAGUUCAUCUGUUGCAUCCCUUAGAAUAGAUGAAAGCAUUCUAGAGGAUUCCCCAAAUGAUGACUUGAUAAUGGGUGUACCUUCUCCACAGAAACAUGUGCAGGAAUCUAGAGAAGAUAAUCCAGCAAACUUAUCAGCAACUACUAGCCUAGAUGAUCUUCCUCAUGAAAGUGACAUUAAAAGUCGGAGUAGCUUUUCACAUACAAAAGAUAUUGUCAGUAUGGACUCGCUACAAAAGAAAGCCCAGAGCACAAGGACAAACUCUGCAGUGAUCCUUCCUGUUAUUGAAAAUGAACAAGAAAAUUCAGUUGCAGUAGACUCUAUUCCCAACCAGAAAUUAACUGGAGCUUCACCGGAAGUUCAAGAUUCGGAUGUGCCAAUGGCCUCCAAAGUGUCAGCCCCUUCUGAACCUGAGCAAUUAUCAAAGGAUCAGGCACCAUUGUCUAAGAAUGUCCCAAAGGUAACUACCCCUAUUAAAAGCACAGAUGUUCAUCCAAAGAAGGCACCAAUGUUGAACAUCAAAUUUGUAGCUACCAGUAAUGAGAACUGUACUACUCCAAUAUGUUCAUCCCCUGUAUGCCCAUCACCGCCAUGCAUGUCUCCAGUGUCUGAUGACAUUCCAGAAAACAGUCAAAAUACAUCACCAAUCCCAGUAAAGGACAGUGAUAACACAGAUUCUUUUCUAUCAGGGACAGAAAUAGAUGUGGUCAAUACAGAUGACGAUGACGAUGAUGAGAUCGAUGUGGAAACUGUUCUUGGUGUCAAGCCCUCUAUUCCAAACUUAAACCCGUAUUCCUCUCUUCGGGAAAUAACGUCAAGACUAUCCAGUAAAUUGCAAGAGGAGCAGAAGAGAUGCCCACCACCAAAGAAAGUCAAACACACAUCACCCAUGAAAAUUAAACCGCAUUCACCUAGUAAACUAUCACUGCAACUGUCGAUUGGACAUAGAUUUGGCUCUCCAAGACAUGGACAAUCAAAAUCAUUGACUUAUGGCCCUUCAAAAGCCAAUCUGCAACAUUCAUCAAGUACCAAUGAAAAUCGCAAGAAGAAAAAGAAGUCCAAGAGAAAAACUCCAGUUCGUCCUUCUGAGUUGUACAUGGUUUCUUACAGGGAUAAUACUGACAAGAAAAAGGAAUCGUCGAAAGAGGAAGAGAAAACAAGUGAACAUACGGAUGGUGAUCGCACAUAUCAUCACAAUCGGUUGGAGCGUAAACGAAGGGAUGAACUCCGUAAGACAUUCCAACAGCUCAACACUGCUUUGCAUGGAUCCUCUUCAGAUGUAAACAAAAUGCCUCCAAAGAUACACAUCUUGAAUCAGGCUGUUGAAGAGGUAGAGAGGCUGACGGAGAAGGAGAAAGCGCUAGUAAGGGAAAAAGAGCUUGUCAAGAAACAUCAGAGACGUCUGGUCUAUGUACAUAGCAAUCUGCUGCAUCAUGCAAGAUGUCGUGGGCAGAUUGUUUUCCCUGAAGGCUCUAAGCUUGCAGAAUCUAUGGAUCGGAUUAGGUCUGGUCUGAGCAAAAACAAAACUUCCACGUCUUCAGAAAGCAAAAUACAGGAAAGCAAAGUCGAAACGACCAAACCACCAACCGUAAAAUACCUCAAAUUGGAUUCAAGUACUGAUAGUAGUGCCAACAAAGUCAGCAUCUCCAAGAGGAAAAAGAGCAAGAAGAAAAAACUUCACCCAGAUAAGAAAUCCAGCAGUAGCACACAAAAAUCAACCUUGAAAAAACCUGCACCAGCCAAUGAGACUCUGGUCCUGAAAGCUAAGCAAAAGAGUGUGAGUUACUCUCCUCUUACGGUCGGAGAUCUGAAGAAGUCUUCCGAGACUAAAGAACAAGCAAAGAAAGAUCAAGGACAUUCACUCAGCUCUGUGCCAUCUGGUUCUCAACAGAGCAUACAAAACAAAUAUUCACUAUACGGUAUGGACGAUGAUGACAGUGAAGAGGAAUCUUUACCGAUUGAGUGUUACGUGUCAAGCAGUGAUGAGGCUGAGCCUGAAGAGGAUUUGAUGGAUUACGAUGAGGAAGAGGAGUAUAGUGAUGAUGGCUUCAUCCCUGCUAGUGAGGAUGACGAAGAUACCAAUGACAAGGGGAAGGAAAAGGGCUCAUCUUUGGAAAUAAGGGAAAGCUCAAAUGUUGGCUCAGUCGUUGAUCUGGAUAAUUCUUCUUCCUCAGAAGAGGACUUUGAAGAUAGAAUGGAAGCAAAAUCACAUACAGGACUAACUGGUAAGAAAAUUCCAAUUAAAAAAUCAGCUCCAAAAGUCAAGGAAUUGGCACCCAGAAUAAAGCCCAGUUUGAUGGAAAGUGAUGAUUCCGAUGAUGAUGAUCUCCUAAUUAUAGCAGAAGAAAAUGGUAUCACUGUUGAACAGUCAAAAGGGGCUACUACAAAGGAAAACUCAAAGAGUCAGGAGAAUUCAGAGUUAUUGAAAGGAGGUGAAAGUCAAGGCCAAGCUAAGAACAAAGAGCUAUCCAAAGUAGGCAAAGAUUCUGGGAAGUUUUCUUCCGUUCCUACAAAGUCUCAGUAUACUCAAAUCAGUAAACCUGGCAACAGCUCCUCCCAGAAAACCGAUUUCAGCAGUGAAGGAGGAAUGGGUGAAAAAACAUCCAAAGCUCCUCUAGUGAAUGUUAUAGAUGAAAUAAUGAACAGAUUGAAAGGAGAUACCAGUGCAAUAGGUUCUGAAGGAAAGAAGGCUAAUGGAGCCCAGAGGCCCACCAGAGCUGAAUCCGAUGUCUCAGCUUCUAAUUCAGCUGAUGGUAGGAGAGAUCCAGAGAAACUUUCCAGCAAACCACUGACUCCAGGGGACCAGGCUUCUACAGCUUGUGUCACAGAUAGCAUACCGAGUUCAGCUGAAAUAAUGAAACCCAUAGGUGUUGCCUCAUCGAACCAUCAGGUGAGCUAUCAAAGCAGCACAAAUCCCACUACAUCUGUUGGACUUGCCUCAAACAGCUACCAGGCAAAGGCACAACUGUCUUUGGAGAAGCUUAAUGAACAUUUGAACUUACUGGAUUCUGAUUCCUCUGAUGAUGAAGAAGAUCAAGAAAGCACACUUGUCCUUACACCCACAGUUUCCAAGAGCUUACAACCUAAAGAAGGGAGUGAUUUAAAUGUAUCACGGAAGCAAAAAGAAGUUACACGACAGAGGAUCUGUGAUGAGUUGAUUGCCGAUGAGAAAGAAAAUGACCUCAAAAUUACAUCUAACCUGACAUCUGCUGUCUCAAAUAACAUUCAACCUGCAGGAAAGAACAAUGAAAGCCAAUCCAGGAAGCAACAAGAAUCUCCACAGACAAAAGACUUAUUGUGUGAGGAAUCUAGUUCUGAUGAGGCAGUGAAUUAUCAAGAAAGUACCUCUGCCUUGGCAGCCUUGACAGUGAAACAUUCACAAUUUCGAGAAGGAAAGUGUACAGUAACUGGAAAGAAGGAAGACAAUGCUCAACAAACCCAAGUCAUGGUAGAUAUAUCCAGCUCUUCAUCAUCUUCUGAAGAAAGUGAUGAUGGAAUUAGGAGUUUAAACCAUAGAACAGCAUCAAGGAACAUUUCCGUGAAGGAAGGCCAUCAUGAAAAGGUAAUUUCACACCAUGUUGACUUUGAAAAUGUAGCCUCCACUUCAUACUCCAAAGACUCAGAAAGUUUGUCAAGCAACCAGCUUCAAGCAGAAGAGAAGAACUCAUCAAUAACUUCACAGAAGAAAACAUGCUCCAUACGGGCAAUGGGUGCCCUGGCUGAUCUGAUAUCAAGUGUGAAAACCCGUGUAGGCAAUGAAGAUUUGGUUGAUUCAGUGGACUCUGAUUCUGAGGACAGUGAUAGUGAAGAUGUCAGUGAUGGAGCUAGUGGGGAUGAUGAAGAGAGCAGUGAUGAUGACGAAGAUGAGAUGAAAUCAGACAAAAAAGGAGAUGAUAAUGUUGCUGAGGAAGACGAUCGUAGCAAUGGCUCUGAAAACAAGAAGCAAGAUCUCAUUGACAUGGAGAAAGAUGUAGCGGGUAAAUCACAAGAAGAAAGCCAACAAAAUGAGUCUGAGAACAAAGAGCAAGAACUCACUUACAAUGUGAAAGGUGGAUCAGGUAUAUCACAGGAGAAACAACCACAAAGUGAGGCUGAAAGCAACAAGAAAGAUCUUGCUGACCUUGAGGAUGAUUUAGCGGGUAUAUCACAGGAGGAAAGCCAACAAAGUGAGGCUGAGAACAAAAAGCAAGAUCUUACUGACAUAGUUAAAGGUGGAACUUGUAUAUCACAGGAGGAAUGCCCAGGAAGUGAGGAGCCUGAAGGCAGUCCAUCAGACCAAAGUGCUCUUCAAUCUGCUAACAAAGUCAUGAGGAACAUAGAAGAUGCAAAUCCUAGAGCUAUCACCUCUGCUGAGGAACCGGCAAAAGGUUCAUCCAUUACUGAGAAUGGUCAAACAACCCAGAAGCAAGGGGAAAGUUCUAGUGCUGAGGACUCCACCAAUCCCAUACAUGAUGCAAAUCCUUCUGGAGAAGAAAAUUAUGAAAGCUUCUCUGUCGGGGAUACUCUGACUGAUGAUGAUGCAGCAUGUUUAUCCUUUGCUGCGAUGGGGAAUGACGAAGACCAUGAGGCUCUUUUUGAUGCAGGAGAUCGAUCUUCGCCCCUCUCCUUAGAUAUGGACGUUGCUUCUGAUGAUGAAAUAGAUGACGCUAUGUGUGACCGGGGUGAAGACACCACUCGUUCUGGUCUCCUACCCUCAAAGACACUGUCCCAAGGUGGAACUUCCACUGAUGAAACGAACUCAAGACCUCUGGAAAUAUCUUCUCGAGCUGAACCAUCUUCCCUCAGAGGACAGCCGAAGCCAUCUUCAUCAUUCAAAGAUGAUCUGACCCUAGAUGAAGCUAUCUCAUUCCUGGACAUUGAGAAGAACUCGGAUGGUACCUUGAAUGUACUUCUCAAGGGCGACUAUGAUGAUGAGAAGCUAGAUGAACUCUUUGAAAAACCUGGGGUUAUGGAGUAUAUAAUCACAGAAGCUUCUAAGAAACCCUGAAUUGAUAAGUGAUCUUAAAAUAUUAUUGAAUCUAUUGUUCAGUUUUUUCUGCAAAAUUUCCAACCAAAAUAUUUAUAUUUCAUUUGCAGUAAAAUCAAACCUGCAAACUGCACUUUAAUAAAAGCAUGAAACAUUUUUAGUCAGAGAAAUGAAAGUUUGAACAAUAAAUGGCAAUGGAUCAUGUUUGAAUUAAUCCCAAUCUGAAAACCUGUAUGUUGAUCUCAAAUUUGACAAUGUCUUCAUACUAGUCGAAUGCUAAUUUGUAUAUGAUCUCCACUUUUGAAUUGCAUCUAAUCAAUUUUCUUUCACGUUGUUUACAUAUUAAAGGAGUUGUUCAUAACAGCAUUCCCCAUGAGAUAUUUCAAAUUUUAAGAUGAUCGAUUAAUUUUGGGGUUGUCGCUGAGCUAAAAUUCAUAGCUUUCACCGUUGUAUAAUAAAGGUAGAGCUCCAAAUCAGCAUCUUGUUGGUAUAUUGCGCAUGUUGUCAAUUUGUGAUCUUUUUUAAUUAUCCAAUUUUAUUCCCUUGUUUUUGUUCUUUUCUACAUCUUUAUUCUUAUUCAAAGGUUUUUGUCUAUAUGUGAAAUUACAUCUAUAUUAUGGCUUCAUCAGUGUGAGGAUAUAAAUCAAAUUUGUCAAUUGACGGACACACUUACCAUAAAUUCCCUUUUGUAAUUUUCUUUUUCGUGAUUAUUUUCAACUCGGUUAUGAUUCAGCAACAGCUUUUUUUAAUGAAGGCAUAUUGCCUCAAACAUUGAGUUCAUUGAUGUCUGCUCAUUUUGGUCUUGUUUCGAAGAUUGUCUUAUUGAUGAUAGGUAGCAGCUUCUGUUAUAAGCUACUGAUGUUGUGCAUUGUGAUUGGUUGAGUAAAUUUGAUUCCAACAUCUCUGAUUGCAAGCUUUAUAAAACGCCACAUGUUGUUAUUCUCACCAUUUUUUUUAGUAAAAUUAUUUGACUGCAAUAUUUGAAUGGUAAGGAUGAAAAGUGUACAAUUUUUGAAAUACAAGCCCAUAUUUAUAAGAUUCAAUUCACAUCUCUGUGAGUUCCUUUGUGACAUCUUUUGUAUCAAACUAUUGUCAAAAACAGACACCAAUUCUGGUCUUGUGACAAAUACAGAAACAUUGAAUGUCAUCAAUGGUACUCCCAGCCAGACAAUCCAAUUCUUUCUAUUUACUUUGUACAAGAGUUGCAAUCAUGAUUUUAGUACUUCAUAAUACGUGAUGUGCCACAAUCGUUCAUUAUUAUGCGAGGCCUACAUUUUCCUGUGGGUAGACAGUUUUACCUUUCUCCAAUAGGCUUGCAUAAUACAUAGUACACACCAUGAGUUAGAAUCUACAAAAUCAAAGAAAUGUCAACUAAAGGAUGAAGGAUGAGUUAAACUCCUUUUGUCAACCAAUUCUCUUGUGAUAAUGCAAAGGAGCAAUAUCACAAUAAGGGCGCAACUUGUACAUCUGCUGUGGAGGCACAGUUCCGCUGAAAUUUAUGAUUUUUAUCUUUCAUAUUCAUCUUUUUUCACCCUCUCAUUCACCCUGUGGUUGCUUUUUCAGAACUCAAUUCAUUGCAUUGGUAGUAGUAUUAACAUGGCUCUAACAGCUAUAAGAAUUGCAAAUUGAGAGAUAUUUAAUAAUUUACCUUAGUUGCUAUGAAUUAAAACAUUAAAAAAAUCUGUAUAAAAAAAAUAUAUUUUUUUAAAUAUUUAGAUUGACCCAUUCAAAUACAGAGUUGCAGACUAUAUCUAACGAUACCAUUUUUAAAUUUCACUUGUAUGAGAAAUAAUAUUUUUUCAAUUCAUCAUUAUUUUGUUUGCCAUGAGGUCUAAUUAUCUGAUGCCAGGAUUCUGCCCACUGCUGGCAGGCCUAGUUUGUUGCCAGAGGCAAUCAUGUUUUAGGGCCAUCCAUCCCUCCCAUUUUUGUUCUCACAGUAACUAAAGAACUUUGCAAGAUCAACUUAAAACUUGGUCCAAGUAUGUUUUUAGGAGUGAAAAGGAUCUGAGUAUUUUUUUUUUGGAGGGGGGGCAUCAAAGUCAAAGAUCACAGAUGUAUGCACAUGUUUCAUUCUCGAUUCUCUUGAUAACUGAAGAACUGUUAGAGGGAUCAACUUCAGACUUUGUUCAGAAUCUUUAUUGGAGUGAGGAUGAUUGGACUAGAUUGAGGGGGGGGUCAUAGGUUAAAAUUUCUAAAGUCACUGAGGUCAUUAUAUGAAUAAAUCUUGUCACAAUAACCAAAUGACCUUUGAGGGGUCGUGAACUUCAAAUUUGAUUGCAGAUGGGAGUGUCGAUUCAAAGGUCACAUGGGCCACCUGAUAAUGAAAAAAACCUGCAGAAGAUGGAUGUGUAAUUACAGAGGCAUAAAUUUCCUUCUAGUUGUGAUUAUGUUCAAGAUGUACGACUGUAGAAUGUUUAUUCACCCUUUAUUGUAUAACUUGCAUAUUUUGUUGAAGAGGUUUGACAGAACAGUCCAUGAGAAAUAGUAUUUAUGAGGGCUGUCUCAUAAAUCAUUAUGUUCCGCGUUUUUUUUUUCAAGCCAUAUGUAAGAAGAGGUUUAUAUUGUGUUUAUGUUUAAUGUUGUGUUUUGGUUUUUUGAAGGAACCCUGAGUUACAAUCAAUCUUACAAUCAGUGUUACAAUUAAUUACCAUCUUCAUUGUUUUUUUACAAAGCAUUUCCACACGUUAAUAAUUGAUGUCAUUUGUAAGAUUGAUUGUAUUUGUUAGGUAUCAAGACCAUCUAGUAAGGGGCCCCUUCUUACCUGGUCCAAAUCCUGGUUCAUUCAAACAAAUAGAAAUGAAUUAUUUUUCUUAUUGUAUACUGUAUCCCAAAGAGACUGAUCUGGUGCCGGUAACACGAAAGCUUAAAAAUCAUCAUAGGACAUUUUUUUUGCGCAUUGACUCCAAUGUAUAAUCAAUCAUGAAAAUGAAGCGUACGAUUAUCGUUUACUUUUAUGUUGGGGGCCCUGGUUAAUAGAAAUAUUACCAUAGCUGCUGUUACUGAGAGUUAUAUGAUAUAGUUAGGUACACAUUUAUCUGGAACAGAAUUUGUGUGACAGGGCCUUUUAAACUAAUUUCUGCUUUAUCAGAUUGCUUAUUGUGCUUUCAAAGUUACACGAUAUACAUGUAAAAGAUAAUUGGUUUAUCCUAUCUGUACAUUAAUUUUGUAAUCUGUAUAUAAAUGUAUUGUAUUCUCGUUCAUUGCUUAGUCAACAAGCAGUACUACAUAAUUAAUUUGAUAUUUGGUUUGUUGUAAACACCAUCAUUUCUGUUCAAUAGAGAAAAGUUUUGACUUAUUUUUUUAUAAAUGAAUUAUGUGUCAUAUGUGUAGUUCAACUGAUUUAUCUGGAAGACCAUGUCGGAAGGGGGGGGACUGUGCUCUCUCUUUCUCUCUUCCACCCCUUCUCCCCCCCCCCCCCCCCGUAGGUAUGACAGUGAGUAGCUCUUAAUAUUAAUAAUGGUAGGUGGACACUGCCUCGCUGUGCUUCCCAGAUCAUGUAAAAUAAAUAUUUAUUGGAUUUGUUUCUAAUUCUACAAAUAUUAAAUUGAAAUUAUUGGUUUUGUUAUAAGGUGGAUGAAUGUCAAAUACUUUCUUUUCGUAAAUAACCAGAUCAUUUGUGUUUGCAACCAUCAUUGAGUAUUGAUGUAUUUGAGACAAUUGUCAUAUUUUCUUUUCAUAGUCGUCAUGUAAAAAUUGAAUCAAUCCUGAAACAGAAGCUGCCAUCCUUCCUUUGUCUAUAUUUAUCUAUGUACUAGCUCCUCAUCAUGUGUAAAUAUAUUGUACAGAGACAUUUAUAUGAAGGAGUAGAUUGUAAAUGUUGUUUUCAACAAUAAAAGGUGAUCAACAUGA